GAGAGAGAGAAACAGAAAAGUAGAGAGAGAAAUGGCAUCAAGAAGAGUGCAAACUAAAAUGGCAAUGCGUAGCAAGCUUCACCUUUUACGAACACUUACAAACUCCAAAUCAGUGAAAAAGAACUCUAUUAUCUUGGAUGCUUUCCUUUAUAUCAUCAAGCUUAGACUCCAGCUAGAAGCCAUUCAAAGAGAGUACCAACAACUCUUAAAUCAUGUCCAAGAAUUGAAGGUGGAAAAGCUUAUUGGGACAAGAUUUUUGGUGAAAGUGACAUGCAAAAAGGGAAAAGAUGUACUAGUAUCAAUUUUGGAGGCAUUUGAAGAUAUGAAACUAAUUGUUGUUCAAGCUAGGGUUACAAGUAGGUACUUCUUUGGGAUGGAAGCUAUUGUGGAAGCUGGAAAUGAAGAUACUUUGGAUGUAAGAGCUUUGACUAGAGCACUUCAAAUGGCUAUCCAAAAGCAAAGUUUUGAAAAUCUCAAGUAAUAAAUAGU